GCGGUCCCGGCGGCGGGAGCCCCGCUCGGGGCGGCGGGGCCCGGCCCGGAGCUGCCAUGGCCCACAGCCGCUCUCGGAAGCGAUCGCGGAGCAGGAGCAAAAGCGAUUCCCGGAGCAGGCGGGAGAGGAAGGAGAAGAAAAGGAGGAAGAGCAGCAAGGACUCGCAGCGGGGCAGCAGCUCUCCACCAAGGAAGAGGAUCUCUGGCUCUCACGGACACAAAUCGAGCUUGGCAGCAGCCAGGGAAGAAAAGAAGAAGGAAGGAAAGGACAAAAAGAAGAGGAAGGCCAGUACCUCUUCCUCUGGGACAUCUUUGUCCACCAGCUCUUCCUCAUCUUCCUCCAGCUCCUCUUCCGAUGACUCCAGUGACAGUGACUCCAAAAUGAAGAAGAGUCAAGACAGCAAAAAAAAGCGAGUGAAACAGAAAGACAAAAAGAAGAGGAAGAAGAAGAAAAAAAUAAAGAAGAAAUCCAAAAAGAAGGCAAAGGAGAGAGCUAAGGAGGAGAAAGCCAAGGCAGAAGAGGCACCUGGCCCCUCGCUGGAGCAGUGGCAGAAGGAAUCGGUGGUGGACUCUGUGCCAGCUCUGACAGAUGAACAGAAAUCCCGGAUCCAGGCUAUGAAGCCAAUGACAAAGGAGGAGUGGGACGCGAGGCAGAGCGUCAUAAGGAGAGUGGUGGAUCCCGAAACGGGGAGAACCAGGCUCAUUAAGGGGGACGGGGAAGUCCUGGAAGAAAUCGUCAGCAAGGAGAGACACAAGGAGAUUAACAAGCAAGCCACUCGUGGGGAUGGGCUGGCCUUCCAGGUGAGGACGGGGAUGCUGCAGUGAGGGCAGGCACCAGCCAGCCCAGGGGCCCGUCCUGCUGCCCCUGCCAGCCCCGGGGAGCCUCUGCCUCUGGACCACGCAGACAGCACCGUGUCAAGAUGUUCCCCAGGGGCCCUUUCCAGCUGCUCUGUAAGUUACUGACUGGGAAGGAGAGCGACUUUAUGGGUUCACCUCCCAGUAAACAGCUUCUCCCCUCCCUGUCCCAGCUCAGGCCAGUGUGGCUGUAAUGUACAUGAGCCAUUUGCCCCAGUGCUCCUCUGGAUGCUGGAGGAGCUCAGCAGCACCCAGGGGACAGACACCCUCAGGGUGCUCUGGGCUUUGAGGGGCAGGAGCCAAUGCUGUGGCCAGGACAGGGUGUGUACCGGGGCCACAAAGCACACAGCUGGCUUCCACUUCUUCCCUUCAGGGGCUGCCCAUGGCCCUUUCCUUGCUGGAUCUGGCUCACGGGCCCUUUGCACUCACUGACCCUGCUCAGAGUGGAGUGGCUGUGGCUCUGCUCAGACUGCAGCUCCCCUGAGUGCCUCCCUCCACUCCACUGCGCCCCUGGGGCUUCUCCCAACCUUCCUGCAGCUUCACCUCCUCGGGCAGAGGAGCACUGACGUGGCACACUGCACUGUGCAGGUGUGCUUUGCGGAGGGGUGGCUUUGCCUUGCUCCUGCAUGCAGCUCAUGUCCCUUCCCCACAGCACAGGCCCCAGGCAGCGCUGGGGCUCUGGGCUUCUCAGGGCCCAGGGCUGCUCUGAAGCAAACACAGCAGCCUUUUCCCUUGCUGGAAACUGUAAAAAACAGAAGGACAAAUGGGUUAAAGGACAAAUGGGUCCUGCAGGAUCUCUGCAGAGGGUUUCCACGUUCUGUUCAUGGCUGUAACCCCAUUAAACUGGCACCUGCUCACAUUUUAUGACUUGUCCAUUUCUAGAGUAUUCCCCCACCCCCCAAAAAAAGCAGACAGAGAAGAGCCUUCCCAUUUCUUUAAUCUGUGUAACUCACAAUGAUACUGUACACGAAGCACACCAGGCAUUGGAACGAUGCACUAACAGCAAGGAGGAGAAGGAAGUUGUACAGAAGGUUUGCCACACACAAGCGAGUCAUCGGCACUGCACACGCGGGGCGUACCCGGCGCCCUCGGGCAUCCCCCCGCUGGCUCCCCACACACAGCUGGUACCCCUAGAGCAAUUUUUUAUAAAUAAAAUAUAACUAACAUUGUUGGAAUAUAAAAUUGACAGUCGAGGGUAUCAACAGGCAGAGGGAGGGGACCGUAAGGCUUCUAGAACUAAUAGGAAAUGCAGCAAACAGUGGCGAUACCUGAAGAAGGGGCUGCUACAGCAAGCACGGCGGCUGCUGGGCGGGCGGGAGGGUGGUGGUGGUGACCCUUUGGCUGAUUUCUGCUCUGGGCUCGUGCCCCCAACACUGUAAACGGUUUUUGGUACUAGGAUUUCGCCUCAUCUGACAGAGUGAUCUGAGCAAACCCAGGGAAACGACUCGGAGGGAAUGCACGGGCUCCUCACUGGUUUUUUAAAAGACUUUAAAGGGACAGCAUCAGGUAGAAAGUCUGGCCUAAGGGUGCAGUAAUAUAAAAAGCUGCUUUUCAUAAAAAAUCUGAGCUCAGCAGCAGAGUUUGAUUCCCAUGGAAACAGAAAAGCAACCCCAAAGCCCGAGGCUGUGUUGUGCUGAUGUGCAGAACAGGACGUGGGCUGGCGCCGAGGGCUGUCCAGACAACGGCCGAGGGAGGAGGACAAGAAACUUCCCAUUCUCUCCUUUCAAAGCAAACAAGUUACUUGUAACAAGGAUAAAUUAGGUCUUUACCCUGACAGCGCCCCUUUAGUAAGGAUGGAAUAUACAUUCAUCUUUCCCUCACCACGUCCAGACGGAUCCUCUUCCAUACACGUGGAAAGGCAUCGGGUCACAUGCAUUGCUCUCCAAAACAGCUCGGGACAAACAGGUUAUAAACACAGAGUUAAACUAUUGCUAUUGUUCUGUGAGUGCUCAUCUCUGCUUCAGAGGGAUGAGUGCCAGAUGGGGGCAGCUGAGGAUUGAGCGAUGGAGACGGGGAUGGACUGAGUCUGUGAAGAAAAACUUAGUGGCAUUAUUUCCUGGUAACUACACCCACCUCCCGGGGUAUUAUUGCAGCAAUAAAGGUCCUGCUCUACAAUUGCUUCUCCGUGUUGGAUCCGUACAAUGGCAACGGAUGGGGGGCCAGGGAAAGGACCCGGGCAAGGUUCAAGAAGCUCAACAGAGGAUGAGGACGGAGGUGCUGUGAUUGUCAGGCUAACUGGUUAGGAGCUGUUUAAAACAUGGAGUGAUGGAGAGGGUGAGUAUCAUAUUGCACUUCUGCAUUCAUUGACAGUUACAUUAAACUUGGUCCAUAAAAUAAUUGCUUUGUACAUAAUGCCUGAAACAAAAAGCUACAUUUUUAAAAUAUUAAUAAACCCUGAAGGUUCCAGUC